AUGGACGACGAUAUCCCAGAGCUUGUCACCGAGCUUACUGAAGACUUUGCUACGAAGCCUGAGUAUCUAGCGACAAUCCAAGAUACCAAGGAAUAUGAACAGAAACCGCCCAAGGUCACGUCCAAGAUCCCCAUCACUAUCGUGACAGGCUACUUGGGCUCUGGAAAGUCCACUCUUUUGGAGAUGAUAGGCCGUAAGUCGAAGAAGAGGUUGGCUAUUAUUCUCAAUGAGUUUGGUGAUUCGACUGCUAUAGAGAAAUCCGUUACCAUCAAGGAUUCUGAUAAGAAUGAAAGUGUCCAGGAAUGGCUAGAUCUUGGAAAUGGCUGUCUCUGUUGUUCAGUUAAAGAUAACGGUGUGCUUGCCAUAGAGAACUUGAUAGAGAAUUCUGGUGACAAGAUAGACUACAUUCUUUUGGAGACCACGGGGAUUGCCGACCCAGCGCCAAUCGCUGAGAUGUUCUGGCUAGACGAUGCACUUGCAGCAAGCGUCUACAUUGAUGGUGUUGUGACUGUCAUAGAUGCUGCCAAUAUCAUUCAAUGUCUUAAUGACGUUGGUGGUCACUGGCACAGAGCAAACAAGCAUGUCUUGGAAGAGAACGAUGAAGAAGUGACUCCAGAAAAGAAAGAACAGGAAAGGAAAAUGCUAGAAGAGGGCAUCAGCACAGCUCAUCUUCAGUUGGCCCUCGCCGAUGCUGUCUUGGUCAACAAGAUUGACACAAUUGAAGGGGAUGACGCAAAGCUAGAAGAUAUUUGCGGAAGAGUUCGUCAGAUCAAUUCAUCGUCCCCCAUUCACACUACUUCUUAUGGGGAUAUCGAUUUAGACAAAAUCUUGGACCUACAUGCCUUCGAAGCCUCCAGUGAUAAGCUUGCUAACCUGAUCAGUUUUGCCACUAGCUCAUCGUACCAUGACGACAGAAUUAAGACCUUGACACUUGACUUUCCUUUCUUUGACGACCAAUCUGGGUUCAGCAAGGUAGAGAAGUUUCUCCAGCAUGUACUUUGGGAAAAUGAUGCUAACGGUACAAAUGUGGAAAUCCACAGAACAAAGGGUGUUUUGGUUCACGAUGAUGAUGUUAGAAUUUUGCAGGGUGUCAGAGAUACUUACGAAGUGAUAGAGGGAGGAAGCUUGCACGAAAGCAUAAAAAACAAUAAGAUUGUUUUGAUCGGAAAGGGACUUGAUCACGAUGUAUUGAUGCUGGAGUUGGAAAAGUACAUUCCACUUAAAUAG